AUGGAUGUCUCUUACGGGAGUGCUGAAAAUAAUAAUUCAGCCGGCAGCGCGGAGCCGCCGGCCCUGCCGGCCCUGCCGCGGCCGCUCACAGGUUUUUCUCUCCCGCGGCAGUUCCUGAGGCGGCAGCAGGUUCUUCAGCUGUACAGGAAGAUCCUGCGGGCGAUCCGCGAGGUGCCGGCCGCUGCAGACCGCCGCUACCUCACGGACUGGGCCAGGGAGGAGUUCAGGAGGAAUAAAGACGCCACGGACGAGGAUGCGAUUCGGAUGAUGAUUACUCAAGGCAACAUGCAACUUCAGGAGCUUCAACGGACACUUAAGCUGGCAAAAUCCUGACCUUAAUUUUGUUGCCAGCUGAACUGUUACCCACUGUGAA